GUUGCAGUGCUAGCCAAGCUACAUCAUGACAACCUUCCCCUUUCUCAAGUGGGUUGUGCAAAUAUUGGUCGUGCUGUGUUCUCUAGAUGCUUGCGGCUCAGAAUUACAGGCAGACGAUUCCUGUAGACUCGGCAGUGGUGCUGAAGGACUUUGUAAGUUCCUGACAGACUGCCCAUCUGCCAUAAAAGCUAUCGAAAAAGGUAAUUUCCCAACGAAAUGUGGCUUUAAGGGCACGCAUGUUAUAAUUUGCUGCGAAAGUACUAGCCCCGUGAAGAAACCACCUAAAGUUGAUCAACCUCGAAUUGAAACAACGACUCCAAAUAUCACCGCCAACGUUACAACUACUAAGAGAACUACAGGAGAGAUAAGCGAGAAGAAAUGCAAGGAAUAUACCACAUACCGGAUUGACAGAACAGUAUCACCAACGUUGGUUAUUGGUGGUGAAUUAGCUGUCAUUAAGGAAUAUCCCCAUAUGGUUUUACUUGGUUACAGUAAGGGAAAAAAGGUAGAGUGGAACUGCGGUGGAUCUUUAAUAAGUGAAAAUUACGUGCUAACUGCUGGCCAUUGCCUGAGACAUACAGAAGUGAGCUUAACCAGGCUAAUUCGGACUGGCAUGACGAAUCUGUCGGAUCUCAGCCACAUGCAAGAACGCGUUGUAAGUGAAGUGAUCUUCCAUCCCGAAUACAAUCCACCAUCCAAAUACAACGACAUAGCCUUGCUAAAAUUAUCGGAACGCGUCGAUCUAAACCCGUACGCAAGACCUGCGUGUCUCCAUACUGCAAGAGAGAUUUUUCCACGUUUUGUCUAUGCUACGGGUUGGGGUAACAUAGGAUUUGCCACUGGAGAGGGUAGUAACGACCUGCUGAAAGUGGUACUGGAAAUUAUUGCCUACGAUACAUGCAAUCAGUCGUAUAGGAGAGAGAUAAACAAAAAGAAUACCGAGCUCAAAGACGGGAUAUUGGAUAAUUUGAUGAUUUGUGCUGCUGGGCCGCCUUAUAAAGUCGGGGACACCUGUCAGGGUGAUUCAGGAGGUCCUCUGCAAAUAGAAUUAUCCUUCAGUAAUCCUGAUAUGGGAGGGAUGUAUAGCAUUGUUGGUAUUACAUCUUUCGGAAAAGCUUGUGGUUUAGCAAAUAACACCCCAGGUGUGUACACUAGAGUAUCUUCCUACAUAAAAUGGAUAGAAGACAUCGUAUGGCCAGAAGAACACCAACGUCCAAUUAUGACACCGAACAACGGACAAUCAGGAAACACACCCCUGUCUCAAGGUAAUAUUGACGAAAUCGCUAUGUUUCAACCACAAUCUAGCAACAACUUGAUGCCCGAUAGUACGGAGAGCGGGACCACUUGUAUAAAUAAGGCUCAAACUGAGGCACCUUCAACAGUUCCAUCGUCUGCAAACGAUAUCACGCUUCAAACUGAGGCACCUCCAAUAGUUCCAACUUUUGCAAACGAUAUCACCCUUCCAGAUAUUUCCGUAGAAACGACCACCACUCCUGCAAUUUUCGAAACGGUUACAACGAUCGGAGGUACUGUCAUAAAAAUUGAAAUACCUUCUAGCAUAAAUAUUUUUGUAAACAUUACAAACAGUGAGCAGCCUGUUGUAGUAGAAAUACCGCCUGUAGUCAGCAAUGUUGAAAUAUCAACCGUUGACACAUCAACAGCGGACAGCAGUACUGUUGAGAUCUCAACCGUAAGUAGCGCUGUUGAGGUUUCAACCACACAAGUGACCCACGUAGACAGAUCUAUAGACUUGACUACUGUCGACAGUACUUCCACUUUAGUUAAUUCCAGUUUAAUUACGGACAGUACUCCUUUAACUUCAUCACCAGGUAACACUGAAAUAUCGACUGUAGAAAGUAAUGUUGAGGAUUCUUCAACAGUAAGUGGUACCGUUGAAGAAGUUCCAGAAGAAAUGUUAACUUCGAGUACUGUGGAAAUACCAACAACAGCUAGUACUGUUGAAAUACCAACAACAGCUAGUACUGUUGAAAUGCCAACAAUAGCUAGUACUGUUGAAAUGCCAACAAUAGCUAGUACUGUUGAAAUGCCAACAACAGCUAGUACUGUUGAAAUGCCAACAUCAGCUAGUACUGUUGAAAUGCCAACAACAGCUAGUACUGCUGAAAUACCAACGACCGGCAGUACUGUUGAAAUAUCAACGGCUGAUAGUACUACGGAGAUAUCAAUAACAAGCAGCACUGUUGAAAUGUCAACAGUUGAUAAUACCGUCGAGAUACUAACGACACAAAGUGCUGAAACCAGUAGCAACGCCGAAAAUAGUUCUAUAGCUGCACCUACUACUAUUAAUGAUUCUAGCACUGAAGCAAUGAGAUAUAUUCAGAUAAAUAUUAAUCUUUCAGAUAACAGUCAGAAUGGAAACUUCGGUUUUACAACUCCAUCUACGGGUAAUUUGGGACAUCUGCAGAAUAAAAUGAUAUACAAACAAAAAUGCGAUGAGUAUUACGCCAAUAGUAGGGUGGGAAGAGAAGCAAAAGUAACAGUGUUUAUUGUUGGAGGAACUAGUUCUACGCCCAAGGAGUUUCCCCAUAUGGCUGCUCUAGGAUACGGAAAUGAUUCUAAAAAAGAAUGGCUGUGUGGAGGAAGUCUCAUCAGUGAGAACUAUGUAAUCACAGCCGGACAUUGCCUCACAUCAAAAUCUUAUGGCAAUGUCAAAGUUGUGAGACUAGGGACUACUCGUUUGGACACAGAAACGUUGAACUCCGAGGAUUUCAAUGUAAUAAGGAGAAUCUCUCACCCACUGUAUUCUACGGAAGAGCAAUACGACGACAUCGCUUUACUGCAACUAGACCGCCCGGUCACAUUCUCCGAAUACGUGUCACCUAUUUGUUUGUAUUCUUCAAACGUAACCGACGAAGUGCUCAUCGCGAGUGGUUGGGGAAAAACUGAAGCUACCGGAGACGUCAGUCCCGAGCUGCAGAAGGUGGAACUCGAGUAUUUUCCAAAUAUAGAGUGUCAGAAUAGCUAUUCCCGCGUUUCCAAAGAAGAACUGCCAAGAGGGAUUGUGGCGGAAAGUCAGAUCUGUGCCGGCAGCAGAACUGAGGAAAAGGACACAUGUCAGGGUGAUUCUGGUGGGCCUCUUCAGAUAAAAGAAAACGGAAGAAUGUAUCUAGUGGGCAUAACAUCCUUUGGAAUCGCUUGUGGACAUCCAGGAAGGCCUGGUGUCUACACAAGGGUGUCUCAUUAUAUUCCUUGGAUUGAAAAUAUUGUGUGGGCCAGUACGAAAUACAGAAAAACUUUAUGUUUUGAGGUGAUUCUGGUGGACCACUACAAAUAA